CAUUUACUAUCUGCUAGUAACCAACAACCACCGAAUCUCUGCUCCGAAUGCAACGGUGUGUGAKAUUUGUGCUGCUAAAUUGAGAAAGAUGUCGACAAGCAAACUGCACAAGCAAGGUCAUCUCAAUGCACAAGAAACCGCUGACGACGAGGAGAAGCCGAGCGAGCCAAGCGAGCCCAGACCUAUUCCUUCUGUCUUGGAAGCUGAAUUCAAAGAAGCUUUCUCACUAUUCGACAAAGACGGAGAUGGCACAAUCACCACAAAGGAACUGGGAACCGUCAUGAGGUCUCUUGGACAGAACCCAACAGAGGCUGAAUUACAGGACAUGAUCAAUGAAGUUGAUGUUGAUGGAAACGGCACCAUCGACUUUGAAGAGUUYCUUAAUAUGAUGCUUAARAAAAUGAAAGAUACCGACAGCGAAGAAGAAAUCCGUGAAGCAUUUCGAGUAUUUGACAAAGACGGYAAUGGCUUUAUUAGUGCAGAAGAACUUCGACAUGUUAUGACAAGUCUCGGUGAACGGCUAACGGACGAGGAAGUUGAYGAGAUGAUCCGAGAGGCUGAUAUCGAUGGUGAUGGCCAGAUUAAUUAUGAAGAAUUCGUUAAAAUGAUGACAAGUAAAUAAAGAGCUUUGUUUGUAUGGACGACAACUAAGAAGUUCCUCACUUCAUGACGUCUUUAUAUCAUAAACGUGUUUCUAUAUCUUCUUUCUAUCGAGAGUGCUUAUUAAGAGAGCGAAUCCUGCUCAUUAUUUCACGCGUGGCAGGAUUUAUUUGAGAUGACAUUAUUCUGGUUCCAAUAAAGCAGGCAUUUCUUUUAAAGGGCUACUUGGAUGAAAAAUGGCGAAACACUGGAAAAGACACGAAAUUCUUGUAGACUUAUCAAUAAAGAUCCUAUAAUCACGAA